CUUUCUAGACGACGCUCAAUAAGUAAGAAAUAUACUGUUACUAGUCAAUUCAUCUAAACAACUUCGCGUCGAUAUUUUUUAACAACUUACGUUGAUCGUGAUGCAAAAAUUGACUGUAUGCAGAUCAAAGACAGAUUUUGCACUAAGCUUCCUUGAUUUUCCCUAGGCAAAAUCAAAUGGAUGAAUUUGAGCUGUUUAAGGAAUGCGCUAAAAUGGGAUCAAGUUUACCAGGAACACCUAGACUCCGAAAACAUACCGAUCCGGAAUGUGGUUCAAUUUACCAGGAGAAAAUUGAAGCUAAAAGGAAAUCGGUGUCGGAUUAUAAUAGAAAAUUAGGGAAAAAACCGCUUAGUCGUCUAAAUAGUUCUCCAGGACUUUUCAGACAGGGUUCAAUAAAUUCAUCAGGAAGACCAUCGCUUACCGAAUCUGAAAAUGAGCUGGAGAUUUACAGAGUAAGAUCAUUUAGAACAAAAAAGAGAAGUAUCGUCUACCGAGCUGAUUCCUACAAGAUAAGAAAAUCUCCAAGCAUACAAAGCGUUGCUACUCUUAAAUCUAACUGUGCCAGUACUGAAGAUAUCAUUCCAACCUUUAGAGUUCUUGUUCUCGGUUCAGUUGAUGUAGGCAAGACGUGCAUAAUAAAACAAUUUUUAACGAGCGAGUACGUCGGUGCAACCCCUAAUGAAGAGGAUCGUGAAGAUUGCAAUGUCACUGUGUCACUUGAUGGCCAAGAAAUUGUUUUGAUCUUUUCUGAGAAUACAAACGACAGUCAGGCGAUUCCAGAUGUAAAUAUUGAUGCCUAUGUAGUAGUCUACGCUAUUAAUGAAAGGGAAAGUUUUGAGCAAGUGCGAAAGAUUCUUCUUACACUAACAUUGAAUCGAUCACAUAAUUUGGCGAUCAUUUUAGUUGGAAACAAGCAAGAUAUUGUUAGAAAAAGAACAGUUUCCGAUGAAGUUGGACGACGGCUUGCCGAAAAGUACGACUGCAAAUUUAUUGAAGUGUCAGCCCUACUGAAUCAUAAAAUUGAUGAUCUUCUAGUUGGUAUAGCAGCUCAAAUAAGAUUGAAACGAAUCAACGUGGAAAAAAGAAAAUUAUCAGAAACCUUAUCAAUAUUCGACCGUUUCUGUUAUUCCAGAUCAGGAGGAGGUUUAUUAAAAAAAUUUUUUAGAAGGAACUCCUUAAGGAGUAGAAGCUGUGAAAAUUUAUUAAUUUCUUGAAUGUAAAUAAGAGAAAUCCUUCUCUCUCUACUAAAUUUUAAUUAUUAUUAUCUAACUUUGUACUGUAUUAUAAAUACAUUAAGUGCGUUUUCAAACUAGUAUCUAUAACUAUGACAAACCUAUACUACAAAAUCUAUUACACUCGAAACUAAGAUGAUACUUCUGUUGUUUCCGUUUCCUUUUUUCGUACCUCUAUUCGUAUAUAUGAAUAUAAAUUUCAUUAUUACAGAAAAAAUGGUCACUCUAAAUAUUCAAAUUGUCUCUUAAUUUUAUCAUUUAUACAGUAAUAGCCAUGCGGUGUAAGCCGUUACCAUAUGCAUUCUUAUUACGUAAUAUACUGUACAUGAUGACAUCUGUUGGAUAUGUUUAGAACUAACAAAAUUCAUAAGUGC